GUGUAAAAAAGUUACGAAGUUCAAGAAAACAGAAAAUAUUGCUGGUGGCGCCCUCCAUAAGGAUUUCAUGAUCCAAGGUGCUACUCCAGGCUCCAUUGUUGUGACGAAUGAAAGCGGUUGGAUGACUGCUGAUAAUUUCGUAAAUUGUCUAGAUCACUUCAUAAAACACACAAAAUCUUCGAAAGAAAACAAAUGCAUAUUGGUCCUGGAACAAUCACGAGAGCCAUAUUUCACCCAAGCCUUAGAAAAUGGUAGCACUACUAUCCAAAACAUCACAUCUGGUUUAUUGAAAAGUCCCGAGGAAGUACGUCCUUACCCCAAGGCACUGCCACGAUUGAACAAAGGAGGCAGAAAGCCUGGCCGGACCAGAAUCUUAACCGACACCCCGGAAAAAGAAGCAAUUGAGGCCGAAUAUAAUAUGAGGGAAGAAAAGAAACGGAUAAAAAAACAAAACUCAACAGGUUAA